UUGAUGGAAAACUACACGUUGAACAGUUUUACCUUCCAGCUGGAAGGAAUAAAGGUCACACAGUCUUCUGCGUACCCUGUCUUUUUCUUUUUCCUUUUCUCUUAUGUGUUUAUCAUGACUGUCAACGUCGGCAUCGUGGUCCUGGUUUUUAUUGACAAAAGUCUCCACCAGCCCAUGUACCUCCUGUUCUGUAAUCUGCCAGUUAACGAUGUUAUAGGUAAUACUAUCAUGGUUCCUCGUUUACUUUCAGAUAUUUUUUUGCCUCCCUCUGAACGUCUUAUCGGUUAUUAUGAGUGUGUGGUUCAGGCUUUUGCCACGCACAUGUUUGGGACCACUUCUCACACAGUGCUCAUGAUUAUGGCCUUUGACAGAUAUGUGGCCAUCUGUAAUCCUCUGCGUUACGCGGCAAUAAUGACCAAGAACAUGGUGAUGAAACUGACGCUUUCUGCCUGGGGGGUGGCCUUUCUUUUGGUGGGGAUCCUGCUAGGUCUGACCAUACGGCUGAACCGAUGCAGGACUCUGAUCACAAACCCCUACUGUGACAAUGCCUCGUUGUUUAAGCUGUCCUGUGAAAACGUGGUCAUUAAUAACAUCUAUGGUCUGACUUUCACUGUGGUCCUGUUUACAUCGUCUAUUGGCAGCAUAGUUCUUACCUACACUAAGAUUACAGUCGUGUGUCUGAUCAGUAACAGCAAGACUCUGAACAGUAAGGCCUUGAAGACGUGCAGUACUCAUCUUUUUGUCUAUAUGAUCAUGCUUUUUUGUGGGGUACUUGUUAUAGUGCUGCAUAGGUUUCCUCAGUAUUCAGACCAGAGAAAAAUGUCAGCCAUUUUGUUUCACAUCAUCCCUGGCAGCCUCAACCCCAUCAUCUAUGGAGUUCAGUCCAAAGAGGUACAAAAGUUCCUGUCCAAGAUGUUCCGGUCCAGCAAGGUUUUAUCAUCUAUAUGACAUGUUUUCCUUCAUUAUUACUGGCCCAUUAACAUUCACAGAGAUAAGAGCAAAGGAGAAAUUUCUUUGCAUUUUUUUCAGCUCUUUUAAUCAGACUGUUUAGUAAAACUUAUUUUUAAAAGUUUAAAAAUGUGCUCAAUGGCCCAAAAAUACACAUUUCACCUGCAUGCCUGUAACAGAAGCAGAGAUGACCCAGUAGGGCUUGUUUCCACAAUUUUUAUUGGCAUUUAUAGUUCAAAAUUUCCUCCACCAAAGGGUUCAGUAAGACACAGAAGGUUAUAAAGGCGUCAGACAUGUAAAAAUAUGUUGAAUAAAGA